GAGAGAGUAAAAGAGUGAGCUGGAGUGAGAGGGGGGAAGAGAGAGACAGGGAGAGAAAGAGAGGGACAGAGAAGGGGACAGCGAGAGUCUGUAUCAUACAGGUAAGGAGGGAGGAGAAGAUCGAGGCUCAGGGGAAGUCUAGAGGCACCUGCAGUUGGAAGUAACAGAGGACACUGGGAGAGUUGGAUGCACAGGACAAGAAGGCUGAUACUCUGAUCUGCCAGUGUAAUCUCUCCACUGAUUCAGUGCAACUCCCAGGACUCCCUGCGCCCCUAGGACUGAGUUUGGAAUAUGGUGCCUGUGUUGUUUGUCGCGGCUUGUUGCAGUUGGUGGAUGUUCAGGGAAGGUGUGAGUGCUGUGCAGCAGGUAUUUCGAGUGCAACCAGACAAUAUCACCAUUGUGAAGGGAUCGACCGCGCUGUUGAGUUGUGAGGUGGAACAUGGGACUGGGAUGGUGCAGUGGGAAAAGAAUGGUCUCCUGUUGGGACCGGACAGGAAUAUCCCAGGGUUCCCUCGUUACAGUAUGACUGGAGACCCUCACAAAGGCGAAUACAACCUGCGCAUUGAGCGUAUCGAGCUGGAUGACGACGCUGAGUAUCACUGUCAGGUGGGGAGGUCAGAGGUCAGCUUGGGCAUCAUAUCCCUCACUGCUCUCAUCAAUGUCCUCAUUCCCCCCAAAGCACCUACUUUUGAGGAGCAUGCUGUGGGCAGCAGAGUGACUUGGGUUUACGGGGUGGAAUACACAGUCACCUGCCAAGCAACUGAUGCCAAACCGGCUGCUGUAUUGACCAUUAAAAAGAAUGAUCUGGAGGUGUCUGGAGAUUCAUCUACAAGCCCAGGAUCAAGAGACAGACUGGAGAACACAGCACUGGUGACAAAAGUCAUCCCCCAGAGUUCAGAUAAUGGAAAGCUGCUGACCUGCUUAGCAUUAAAUCCAGCUCUACAGACCCCAAUCACCGUGAGCUUCACCAUGAAUGUCCUGUUUCCACCAAAUGCUCCGAUGAUAGAAGGUUAUACUGGGCCAUCGGUUAAAGCUGGGGAAACACUGAAGCUCAUCUGCAUUUCUUUAAGUGGAAACCCCCUGGCCACAUUACAGUGGUCAAAGAAUGAUGACGUUGUGUCAACACGUUGGGAGACGGAUGAGGUGGUCCGCUCUUCCCGUAGUCACCUGACCCUGAGCAUAAAACCUGCAGAUAACAUGGCGGUUGUGAGCUGCGAAGCUGUAAAUCAUGUGACUCCACAAACUCUCAAAACCAGCAUCAUCCUCAAUGUUGUGUUUCUGCCUACAGAAGUAACCAUCCUUGGCUCGCCAAGUGGUCCAGAGAAAUCCUCUCUGUCGUUCUCCUGUUUUACUGCUGCCAGUAACCCUCCUGUACAGAUCCGCUGGUGGCUGGGCCCAAAAGAACUGGUGAACACCAUUGUCACCAUCACUGAUGCCGCUCAUGGUGGAAAGGUGACAAUGUCCAACCUCACCAUGGUGGCUCUUCGAGAAGAGCAUGGAAUGUCGUUGACCUGUGAGGCCUUUAAUGAGGUCAUUCUCUACACCAAAUCCAACAGCGUUACCCUAAGUGUGCAAUACCCUCCACAGAAUGUCUGGAUUGAGGCCCCUCCAACCGAUAAGUUCUUCCGGGCGGGGACGGCUGUGAAGAUGACUUGUUUCUCUAGUGGUGGAAACCCACCACCCAGGCUUACCUGGAUCAAGGAUACUAAAAGUCUGAGUGGGGGAACGCAGAUCCAUUCGGGGAAAAUUGUCACAAAAGAAAUUACAAUUAUAACCGUCCCAAGCGACAAUCUGGCCACGUACCGGUGCAACGCCAGCAACAUUGGCAAGACAGCGCUGACUGCCAGCACGAAACUCAAGGUCCAGUUUCCUGCCAUAGAUGUAAAUAUAAUGAGCAGUGCCAAGGAGUAUCGCCGAGGUUCUACCAUUACAUUGACCUGUGUCACCGGCAGCAGUAACCCCGCAUCAACCAUAUCCUGGGUAAAGAAUGGAGAACAGUUAAAAGCCCAAGAUUUGGGGAGAAAACCUUCACUGUAUGGGGGAAUUUCCAGUUCCAGUCGUGUCACACUGAUAGCAACAUCUAAGGACAAUGGAAGACGAGUGUCCUGUGAGGCCUUCAGCAAUGUCCUCAACGAGGCCGUCAAUACCUUCUACAAGCUCAAUAUCCUGUUUCCUCCUGAGUUUCUGGAUGAUCAGCCAACGGUGGUACAAGCUGUGGAACAUGGAGCAGCCCUCAUUCCAGUCCGUGUCAGGGCCAACCCACCUCAAAUCAACUACACAUGGAGUCUUUGGGGCGAGAAACUGAUCAGAGAUGGAGCAUACCGACAUCACCUGCGCGGCGAGGGGGCCCUGGAGAUAUGGAACGUGAGCCGCGCUGACUCUGGCAUUUACAAUGUGACCUGUGUAAAUAAAGAGGGGAAGAACAGUGUUGUCAUAAGACUGGAUGUGCAGUACUCCCCCACCAUUCGCAGUCUCGGUGACACAGAGGUGGAUCUCGGGGCAGACGCAGAGAUCGUGUGCAUGGCGGAUGCCAAUCCAGUGACAGACUCAAUGUUCCAGUGGAGAUGGCUGGGUGAUGAGGAGCGAGACCUCUCUGCCUUGGAACGUAGAGUAGAUGGAGUGACCGGACGCCUCAUUAUCCGGGAAGCCAAGAGAACGGACGCCGGGCGAUACGAGUGCGCUGUAGAUAACGGGAUCCCUCCAACCGUCAAGGCCGAUGCUCGUCUGAUUGUUCGAUUUAAGCCUGAUAUACACAAGGGGGUGCACUUGAGCAAAGUGGCCGUUCCAGGUGAUGGAAAGAGCGUGGCGGCGUUGGUGUGUAAAGCCGAGGGAAUCCCCAGUGUGGCGUUCAGCUGGGCCAAGAAUGGGGUAUCUCUGGAUCUAAAAGAUCCCAGGUACUCGGAGAAGACUUUUCACGAGUUGUCGGUUCACACCAGCACUCUGGUCAUUUCCAACGUGAGUGCGGUUAAGGACUAUGCCCUCUUCACAUGUACAGCCAUGAACACCCUGGGGGUCGACAGUUUCUCCAUUCAGCUCGUCAGCACCAGCCGUCCUGACCCUCCUUCAGGUCUGAAAGUCAUUGGUUUCACUCAUAACUCAGUGACGCUACAAUGGAGUUCCGGAUUUGAUGGCGGAGCAGAGCAAAAAUUUAGAGUCAGGUACCGCUGGCCCGAAACUGACAGUCACAUGUACGUGGACGUAUUCCCACCCCAGGAUACCGUCUUCACCAUCACCGGCCUGAAAGGCAGCACCGCCUAUAACUUCUCAGUCAAUGCGAUUAACGCCUUGGGGGAAAGCGACUACGCAGACCAGGGGGCGGUGGUUAGUGUUACCACUAAAGAGACAACGUUGCUUCUGGUGCCUACACAGCAGCCCACCCGUGUCCCCGUGGCAGAAUCCCUUGAGUGGCCACCCUACAUAUUGGCUGCUGUUUGUGCCGGUGGCGCCCUCCUUCUUAUAUCAAAUGCGGCUUUUAUUGGCUGCCUGGUGAAAAGAAGCAGAGACAAGUCCCAAGGAGGAGAAGGUGUGAAGAAAGACGAGAGCGGCCAAGAACGCACACUUAAUGAAUACGGAGAUGGUGAGCUCAUCAACACCCAUGCGAAGAAGACUCUGCUGAUUGAUAGUGGUUCGGAGACAGGUUCUAGUCUUUACCAAGACAGCACCUCAGAAUCUGGAAUAUAUUACUACCCUGUUCGAGAUUACAGACCCUCGCUCUCCCCUCACUAUGAGGUUCCAGAGAGAGGAGAACCAGGGAUCCAAGGUUGGGAAGAGGGUGGAUAUGAGGACUGGUAUGCUACUUCUGAAGGCCACGAGUAUGCGGAAGUAGGAGAAGAUUACCCACAAUCCUGUAGAGUCAGGUGGCAUAACAGAGAAAUGGCCAAUCAGGGAAGAGAGACAUCAUGGGCAGAAUACCAGGAUCCAGGGAGAUUAAGAAUCUAUGAUGAGGCAGAUGCUCCCUUGUCUGACAUUUAUGAGACUCCGUAUGGGGGGCGGGGGCAGCUAGUCUAACUAUAUUGUUUGCAAUUCUGUGAUUUCGUUUUU